GAUUUCUCGUUGUCUGCAAGAAGAUCCCCCUCGCUUUGACGCUGCUGCGCUGCUUGAUGGAGCCGUGUAAGGUGCUCCAGCCGGAAGACAUGGCGCGGAUUGAUCCGGAGAGAAAACUGGUAGACUGGUGCGCUAUGAGUUUGGAUGAAGCUGCUAGCUACAUGAAGGAUCUCAACAUGGAUGAGGAAAAACUUGCUGACAACGUGAAGGCUCAAAAGCUUCAAAGCUGGAAGCUCGAGGUCGCCCAGGGGAAGACAACUUUGCUGAAUUCGAAUCUAGCGAGCAUGCUGAAGCUCCGGGAGGACAAGCUGACGGAGCUACGACAGAGACACCAGCCCGCUGAUAAUUCGGAGGCUCUUAAGCUCGACAUCCAGCGAAAAAUGCAGCUCUUUGAGGAGCAGCUGAACCACAAGGAAAAGCAAACCGCGCAUCAAAUGGUUUUGAGGAGAGCCAAGAUGGUUAGGCAAAGAAACGAAGCUCUCAAGCAGAAACAACAUCUGGAGCGAUUGCUGCGGAAGCAAGCCAAACAAACCUCGGAGAAAAUGGAGCAGCUGAAAGGCAAGCAACAAAGGGAUGAGGAAGAGCAGCGCAAGUGUCUGGAGAAAAUUGAAUCGGACUUUCGGGGUGAGGAGUUAAUGCUUAUCACACAACACGAAAGUGAGCUCAAGCAGCUCCAAGAGGCGGUGGAGAAAGAGACGAAAAUGGCACUGGACGAGCUGCUGGAGAAACAAAAGCGGGCCAAGCAAGAGCAACAAAACUCUCCAAAAGAAUGCAUUGUUUGCACGAGGCAGUUUUCAUCGGAGCUAAGGAGGGCAGUUCUCGUCCCAUGCGGCCACUACACGAUGUGCAUCGAAUGCUGCUCGGGAAUCUGGAACCUCCGCAAGCCAAAGUGCCCCGCAAAGUGUCCCGUCUGUCGUAUGGUGAUCGAGCUCAAGCCCGAGGUCACCUACGAGUGAGCAACGUACAACGUCAAGGUCGGGAAAAGUCUAGCGAGACAACUAUCGGAACUUACACAAGUCAAGCAAGAACAGGAAAAUUCUAGCGAGACAACUUUCGGAACUUAGAGAAGUUUAGCAGAGGUAUAUGAUAUAUAGUCUGGUCGGUCCCCCGACAAAUUUUGUACACUCCCAACACUACUAUUCUCUAGCUUAUAAAACCGUGGAAGAUCCCCCAAA